GUAUGUGCUAAUUAUUUCAGCGUUAUUUGUCUUUAAUAACAACAAUCUGUAUAAAUAAUACAUCUUUUGCGUUAUGCCACGACAUCGAAGGAACGAUGCUAUAGCGAAUGUGUUUCUACGCGCGAUUUCGCGGCGCCGUCACGUCGUCGCCGCGGAUCCCGGGCGGGAUACACAAUUCCGAUAUAUAAAUAACACGCGAAUAUAUCUGCGUGUGCGUUAUACCUCUUAUUUGUAAGAAUGAUAAUAUACUUUUUGGCACUUACUAAUAAUUAAUCGAAACCUAGUAAGGGGGGGGAUUUUUAUUUAUUUAUUAAACAUUAAACGAAUGCGUUAGGCUCGAUUUUCGCGAGAGAGAGAUCCCUCGGCCAAUUCCUUUCUCUCCUCCGUUUUUUUUUCCCCCGAACUCCGCCUUAAGAUCGUUCCCGAAGCGAAUCUACAUUAUGUAUGUAAGGAGAGCCGAUCUCUUUCUCGCUAGAGAAUGUCCGGGAUAGUUCAGUACGUGGUGGUGCGGGGAGAUCUUGCGAGGACGAUGGGAUGGCCGUUGGGCGCCGUGAUCGCCCAAGCGUGUCACGCGUGCACCGCCGUCAUCCAUCUCUCUUACAAUGACGCCCACACGCAGGCCUACCUCGCGGAUUUAGACAACAUGCACAAGGUGGUCCUCGAAGCCGCCGAUGAAGCCGGUCUGCAGACGCUGUGCGCAAAACUGAAGGAGGACAACAUUCAGCACAAGUUGUGGAUAGAACAACCCGAGAACAUCGCGACGUGUCUGGUAACGAAGCCUUACCCCAAGGACAAGGUGCAGUCGUAUUUUAAAAAAUACAAAUUACUCAAAAUGUGACGGAUGUAAAUGGCAAUAAAUACCGCAUUACGAUUAGGACACCGAAGGUCUCUCGAGUUACUUUCUACGUUACACCGAAUCCAAAUUAAUCCUCCCGGCAUUGCUUCUGAAAGAUUCUAGCCGAAGAUUCCGAAAAUUUUUAUUUCAGGCAAAAAACACCCGAAUGUGAUAACCGGAAGAUCCAACCCUGAGAGGUUCUAUUAACGAAAUAUGAUUCUCCGGCGUUCGCGUGAAAUAAAUACUAACUUCGGAGAAGAAUGUCAUUUAUAUUUUACUCUAUUCGAGCGGGAAGAAGAUCAAUGCACCGGAGAUAAGCCGCGCUCUACACACGUGGCUCGAACGUAGCUUCUGAACGUCAAUAUUACAACGGGCAACACCUCGGCUCUAUCUUUUUUAUCUUCGUUUCUCCCUUUUUUUUCCAGAAGCGAUAUUGUCCCGUAUGGAAAAUAUUUACGCUUGGAGGACUACAAACGUCCGAAGAGAUAGAAAAAAAAAAAGAGAACACACAUGGUUGUGUGAGACGCCGCGGCGAUCCGAUAUUUCUGACAUCGAGAAGAUUUACACUCAUUGGUUUAUUCCACGGGUACCUUGCGAGUAUUGACAAUGCAUGUGUACAGCCCCUUCUCUUUCCUUGCAUUAUACAUGAUACUAGCGUUAGAUUACGAUUCUAAUCUAGACGGGAGUAACGCAGGAUCGUGCGCCACUAAUCAACUAGUCGUAUCAAAAAGCUCCUCGUCGCGCGAGUCUACGGUUGCUUUACGGUAAAAGUGCGGCGAAACUCGUCUCUUCACAGGUACGGAUCGGCGUAUGGUAUAAGAAUACGAGAUGUUUCAUUACCGAGAUGCGUAGGCGAUGAUGAUCGAUCAGAUAAAUUAUCCCAAUAAUGUUAUAAGCCAAUAUAAAGCCUAUUAGAAAUUUACCACCAAUAAGAAAUUCGCCAUUAUGUACAAUAAAACCUUGUAUUCUUACAUCAUGGAUCGGCGUACGUCUCUCCCGCGGGAUUAGCUGAAAGGUAACCUGAAUCGCAUGCCAUGAAGUGUAAUUUUUUAACCCUCGAC